CAGUUGCAAAAGAAGACGAAGAAAGCCGUGCCGCGUGACGCGAGCAGGAACACGAGGCCGAUCCAGUGGAAUCAGUGCUGAGCCAUGAUGCCUGUAGCGCAGUACCAGCGGCUGUCUCAUCACAGCGGAAUUUCUCUGCCUUCGCAGGCGCAUCAAAGUCCCAACGCUUAUGAUCAGCAGCAGGAGUACGGACAGCAGCUGCCGCAGGGUGAUGAGCACCAGUUCUACGGGACUCCCGCGAACCCGGUCGUGGAACCCGCGUCAAUGAGAAGAAUCCAGUCGCCCCUGCAGAAGGAAGACGACGCCUAUCGUCCGUUGUACGUAGGCUUGGCGCUGAUGGCCUUGCUGGUGUCCGCCAUGAUUGGCUCCGUGCUCACCGUAGUGGUCUUCUUGGCGUCGAGCAGCGGGAACAUUUUCGAUGCUACAACGGUUGAAGGCGGGGCCACGAAAAUGCCCGAAGUGCUUGACCGGCUCACCCCAGCGAUCAGCCUUCUGACCCCGUCGCCCAUUCCUCAGGCCAUGGUGACGCUGCCGAUGAAGGUGUUCACUCGUGGCAAGCUCUACUACCGCUCUGGCCACCUGGACGACGACCGAGGGCACCUCUUCGUUGGAGCCAUGGACCACUUGUUCAAGCUCCGUCUCGAUAACAUAAGCGGUCAACCGUUGCAGACCCUUCACCUGCCUGCCCCACAGAAAAGCGUCGAAAACUGCUCAGCGCUGGGGGCAAGUCAGUUGGGCAAAGACGUGGACUGCCGCAACCACAUCCGCGAGGUGCACCCGAUACGUGACGGAAGCACGCUGUAUGUCUGCGGCACGAACUCCAGGUCGCCCAGCGACUGGCAAGUGCGGGCUGCGGACUUGACACUGGUUCCAGUGGCGGAAGGGGCGGUCAUCGACGGAAACAACGUGACUGGAAAGGCUGAGGGACGCUGCUCGUACUUCGUCUCUCAUGAGAACCCGUCGCUGUGGCUCGACGACGCACCUUCACCGGGCAACUCGAGCGUUGUGGCCUUGUGGCGUUUCAGGAAUGGCAGGAGCGCCAUCUACCGCGCUGCAAUCCCGAACACGGACCCAACUAAGCCGGGUUAUUCCUUCCUGCUGACCGACCCCGCCGAUACUGCGAAAUUCAAUGAGCCCAGCGCCGUGGCCGCCCUGUCCGCGGGUUCUCACGCGUAUUUCGUAUACCGCGAGUACGCCGUGGAGCGCCAGGCGUGUGGUGUCCGCUUGGCAUCCGCUAUAGCUCGAGUCUGCAAGAACGACCUGGGUGGCGACCCGGCAGUGAAAAGCAAGGUUUCGCGGUGGACGUCUUUUAUGAAGGUCCGCCUUCUUUGUACCGAUUACGCCCGAAAGGCCCAAACUGCCAAAGCGAAUUUCACAUUCGACGAAAUACGCGCUUCCUACUGGUUGCCCGACCUGGAGAGCGGUGUCCUUUUAGGCGCUUUCGUCACCUUCAAUCACGGCUAUCCGGACUCCGCUGUGUGUGCCUUCCGGCUGGAAGACAUCGAGCGGGCCUUCAACGGCACCAGCUUCUACGAGCUCAGCUUGUCCAGGAACUCGCUGAGCAAAAUUGUGAGGCCCGACAGUGCGGCGUACCCGGGCACCGGGUCGGCCUGCGCGCCGGACUCUCGCACGCUGCCGCCGACGGGACCCGACUACCUGGCGAACCACCCGUUGCUCGCCGUGCCGCCCAAACAGCGCCACGGACGGCCUUUCUUCGCACUUCCGGGCGUCACCUUCAGCGGCGUGGCCGCAAUGGUGCUGAAGGAGGCCUGGGGCUCCUGGCUGGUCUGCUAUGUGGCCACGGAGACCGGCUUGGUGAUGAAGGUAGCCGAGGAAAUCAUCGCCGGUGGCCAGGAUCCCGCUCCAGCCGCGUUGGUGGACGCGUUCAACACAACAACAGAACCAAUACGUAAAAUGCUCGUCUCGACAAAGCACCGGAACCUGUACGUGUUCUCAGACGCUGAUGUUCGCCAGUACCGCCUAGACGCCUGCAAGGAACGCCAUUUGCACUGCCCAGCCUGCGUGCGGGACCCAUUCUGUGGUUGGGAUGGCACACACUGUCUCCCUCAUGUUGGCGCACCGGCUGCUACCACAAGGAGAGCGUGCUGAAUAUAUACAGCCGCGAAAGUCUUUGAUAUAAGCGCUUGCAUUUACAGUUCAUUGUUGGCACAUAAUUUAAUUACAAAGCUUAGUGUAGUCGAUGUCCUUCUGAUCAAUUGCUUUUUUUUCAGUGCUUUUGCCGGACAUGUUUAUUCUGCUCGUUACAACUGUGCGCAGAGCAUUUUCCCUAAGGCAUCUUCCACAUGAUACAUGCAACCAGCGCAAUAUUAGACUGGGUACAAACAGGAGAAAUAGACAUCACCAAUGCCGGACGUUUUGUUUGAUACAAAAAGUACUAUCAAACGAGCGAAUAAUGCCUUGCUACCCGGCGUUUAUAUCUCGGGCUCUGUCAAAAUGGUGGAUACUAUACCGCUUUAUGUUAGAUGUCAAGCAAAGGUUUAGCUAUAGGACCAAGCAUAUAUCAUCGUCUAUUUCUACUUCACCAGUAGACUCCAAGAUGUUUGCCUCAUACAGCACUGUGGACGCCGUUCAUCAAGUAGACUUUUCUUCUAUUUAUAUAGUCGGCUGCACAAAAACACUACGCCGCCACUAAUGCCGUAUCGAGCGUUUAUAGUUGUAGAUUCAUACGAAAUUUGUGUCAAAGUGGUGUACAGAAUAGAAAAGUUCGAUUUUUUUUUUGCUCACUUUUCUAUUUGAAAUAAAACCACUGUACUGGAUUGCUCAAGUACAAAACGAA